AUGUAUUACAUACAAUUUACUACUAUUCAGGGGAGGGAUUGCUCGCCUUUGGAAGGUGCUGCUUGCGGUAGCGUAGCAGGAUCAGUUGCUGCAGCUAUUACGACACCCCUAGAUGUUGCAAAAACUAGAAUAAUGUUGUCUAAAACACCCAAAGCUCCUACGAUAUUGAUGACACUCAAAGAGGUUCAUUCCGUUGGUGGAGUGAAAGCUUUGUUUUCUGGAGUCACCCCACGAGUUCUGUGGAUGGCUGUCGGUGGUUUUGUAUUUUUUGGCGCUUAUGAAACCGUCUUAUCCUUAUCGUAUUGGGCUUGUCCAGAUAAGAAGAAUGGGAAGACGGACGCCUUCAAAUCCACAAUAACCUCCUAG